GCUUAUUUAUUUUAAAUGCUUUUUUCAGAUUUUGUAAAAAUGUCAUUUAAUCUAGUUCAGUCAUUAGAUUCUCAUCAAGAUCGUGUAUGGUGUGUUUCAUGGAAUCCUAAAGGAAACCUACUUGCAAGUUGCAGUAGUGAUAGAACAAUUAAAAUAUGGGGAAAAGAAGGGGGCAUAUGGAUUUGCAAAUCUUCUUUUGCAGAUCAACAUAAUCGAACAGUUCGUUCUGUAAGCUGGUCUCCAUGUGGAAAUUUUCUAGCAGCAGCAAGCUUUGAUGCAACAGUUUCAAUAUGGGAUAGGCGUAAUGGUGAGUUUGAAUGUAUAGCUACUUUAGAAGGUCAUGAAAAUGAAGUUAAAUCUGUUGCAUGGAGUUGUUCUGGAAAUUAUUUAGCAACAUGUAGUCGAGAUAAAAGUGUAUGGAUUUGGCAAACUGAAGAAGAGGAAUAUGAAUGUGCAAGUGUAUUAAGUAAGCAUACCCAAGAUGUAAAAGCUGUUGUCUGGCAUCCAAAUGUUGAUAUUGUUGCCUCUUGUAGCUAUGAUGAUACUAUAAAUCUUUACAAAGAAGAUGAUGAUGAUUGGGUAUGUUUUGAUUCAUUGGCUGGUCAUACCUCCACUGUUUGGUCCAUAUCAUUUAAUAAAAGUGGUGACCGUAUUGUAUCUUCAUCUGAUGAUAAAACCCUCAAAAUAUGGCAAUGUUAUGAACCAAAAAAUAUGGAAGGAAUCAAGGUUAAACAAAACUCUUCUUGUUGGAAGUGUAUAUGUACAUUAGCUGGUUAUCAUUUAAGACCUAUUUAUUCAGUUGAUUGGAACCAUCAGAAUGAUUUGAUUGCUUCUUGUUCAGCUGAUGACUCUAUAAAAAUUUUUAAACAAGAUGAUGCCGAAUGUUUUGACAAAAGGAAUGAGCCUGUUUUUAACUUGGUGGGUAAUUUAGAAAAAGCACAUCUACAGGAUAUUAAUUGUCUAAAAUGGAAUCCAAAGGAUUCCUCUAUACUGGCUUCUUGUUCGGAUGAUAUGAGUAUAAAAAUAUGGAACUUUUCAUUAUAAAAUAAUAAUAAUUUUGAAGUUUAAGAAGAUAGAUUUUUAUUUAAA